AUGACACAGCAGGAGGAUAUUCUUGAGGAGGUACGUUCUUUUUAUGAAAAAUUGUAUGAUGACAGUAGUGAAAUAGAAGAUAUUGAUUUUACAGAAUUUUUAGAUGUAUUUGAUGUUCCAAAAUUAGAUAAUGAUGAAGCUAAAAAUUUAGAAGGGUUAAUUACUGUAGAAGAAGCAGCAAAAACUUUGAAAAACAUGAAAAAUAACAAAAGUCCAGAGUAUGAUGAUGUUGUUAAUGAUGAUGCUAUUGAUAAUGAUGAUGACGAUAAUGUUGAUAAUGAUGAUGAUGGAAUGAUGGAUGACUACGAUGUUGGUGUUGAUGAUGAUGAUGAUGUUGAUGAUGACUGUUGA